AUGCAGACAGUUAUGCAAAAACGUGGUUACUGCAAAAGCCAAAUCACGCGGGCUUACCACAAUGCAAAUACAUUCAUCGAGAAAACCCACGCAGUGGCAAGUUAUGACACACGAUUGCAACAACUGCAAGAAAACUACCUUCGGUUUCUACAACUCACAGAGGAGUUGCACACAUAUAAAGACACUGCGGACUGGGAAGAUCCGGACGUGGACAUUGAUCCAUAUGAGGAAAAGCACUACGCAACUUACUCGAUGUUGAGUGUUGCGCGGGAGGAGCUGCAAGUGCAAUACGCCAGAUCGCUCAACAACCGUUUUUCUGUAACAGAGGCACGUGAAGGUCACGUAUCACAAACCCAUGUGAACUUGCACUAUGAACGGAUCAAACUACCAACAUUUUCGGGCAAUUAUGAGGACUGUCAACAUUUUUCGGAUAUGUUUGUUGGUUCUAUCGGCAGCGAUCCGCAUCUCACCAGUUGUCAGAAGUUUCACUAUCUGAAAUCUUAUUUGUCUGGCGAAGCGUUUUCGUUGAUUAAACACAUUGCCGUGACCAACGAUAACUAUAGUGAGGCUUGGGACAGGCUGGUCCAACGUUACAAUAAGAGACAUGUAAUCAUUCGUUCCUUCAUUGACAGUUUUCGAAAUCUCCCAACGGCAUCUGUACUCAACUCUGGCGCGAUUCGCAAGCUGGCUGACGGAGCCGAUGAAGUAAUUCGCGGACUAAGAGCAUUAGAGUGUGAGAAUCGAGAUCCCUGGUUAAUUCAUGUGCUACUGGCAAAGGUGGACAACAACACUCGGCAAGCAUGGGCAGAGCACAGUGAAUCUGAGGAUUACACUGUAACGAUCGACAGUUUUAUCAAAUUUCUGCUCACCCGAGGUGAUACGUUGGAAUCGAGCCAACUUUCACGAGCGAAUCACAGCCGACGAAUAGCUACUACUCAUCACGUCAACACGGAAACCCAGCCAUUGAUCGAGCCAUGCACCCUGUGCCAGCACGCUCAUCCGCUAUCAAAAUGUGAACAAUUCAGAGCACUUGAUGCAGUUGCACGACAAGCACACGUGAGGAGUGCCAACUUGUGCUUCAACUGUUUAAGCCCAAACCACAGGAUUGCAACCUGUCCUUCAAAGAAUACAUGUCGAGUAUGUCAAAGAAAGCAUAACACCCUGAUUCAUGCAGCGCAGCAGACGACUGGCCGUGAAUUCAGAGAUAGCGCGGUGCGAGUUCAUCAGCCUGAGAGCCCAGGAUCUAACGAUGAAUCCCCGGCUAUUAUUAGUCAUCAUGUUCAAACUACACGAGGUCAUCAAAUAGCAGUUACAAAGCACAGCAAGAGAGUUUCUCUUCACACCCUGGAGAAUAUUCCGUAUGCAGGUUCGCAAACGCUUUUGCCCACCAUUCUUACAUCAGUGAAAGACGCUCGGGGCAAGACCUUCACUUGCCGAGCUCUACUUGACACUGGGUCUACAGUCUCAUUGGCAACGGAAUCAUUUGUCCAGCGGAUUGGGAUGCGACGCACCCAUGCAAAAGUUCCAGUUCGUGGUCUCGCGGCUAACAGAGCCGGCGUCACCAGAGGACUCGUAAAGUUUCGAAUCUGCUCUUGCAAUUCGGAUCACAACAUUGAGGUCGAGACAUACAUCCUCAGCACCCUUACAUCAGCUCUCCCAGCUCAAACCGUGGACAUGAGCUCAACGCAAUGGAAGGAAAUUUUGAAGUUACCCUUAGCUGAUCCAUCUUUCGGCACAGUUGGUGCGGUAGAUGUCAUUUUUGGAUCUGAUCAGCUCUGGAAAUUCUGUACUGGAGAGCAAAGAUCUUUUGGUCCAUAUAGCACAUUCGGGGAAAAUCAAUCACUGGCAAUCACUCAUCAUGUUCACCUGGACCUCGAUUCGCAGGUGCGAUCGUUCAUGGAGAUGGAUAGCAUUCCAUCAAAAACAUCGACAUUGGAGAGAUUUGAUCCGACUGAGCAACACUUUAUCAACACUCACACCCGUUCCCAAACUGGCACGUAUGUAGUAGAAUACCCAUUCAAAGACCCGAUGCCACCAAUUGGCGAAACCCUUCCACAAGCUGUUAGCCGAUUGCAGUCACUAGAACGCAAGUUUAGUCGCGACCCAAGUCUCAAGAGAGAGUAUAUCGCUUUCAUGGACGAGUAUCUGAAGAGCGGUCAUAUGGAAUUACUCAACACACAGCAGAUCGACGAGCAGCCCGACGGUUGUUUCUAUCUGCCGCAUCACGCCGUCUUGAAACCGGAAAGCACCACUACCAAAUGCCGAGUGGUGUUUGAUGGAUCUGGAAAAGAUAGUAGCGGAGUGUCACUCAAUGAGCGUCUUCACAUUGGGCCUCCCAUUCAACGAGAUCUAUUUGGUGUCUGCCUUCGAUUCAGACAACAUCGUUAUGUUUGCUGUUCGGAUAUAGAAAAGAUGUUCCGCAAAAUAGAGGUUGCUCCCCAUCAUACAAACAAUCAACGGAUCAUCUGGCGCAGUUCCACAAUUGACCCUAUGCAGCAUUAUCGAUUGCGUACUGUCACCUACGGAUUGGCGCCUUCACCCUUCUUGGCUGUACGGGUUUUGAAACAAUUGGCCAUAGACUAUGAAGCGAAAUAUCCACUAGCCGCGCGAGUCCUAGCGCGCGAUGCAUACGUGGAUGACAUUCCAACUGGAUGCAAUUCAGUUGGCGAACUUAUGAAAUUAAAAGAGCAACUGAUUUCUUUAUUAGAUGAAGGAAAUUUCAAGUUGAGAAAAUGGAGUUCGAACAGCUGGAGUUUCUUGAAGUCGAUACCAAAAGAAGAUUGUUUACAUGGACAUGCGUCGAUCGAGGACAACGUUAAAAUAUUGGGCAUUCCUUGGAAUCCUGGUCGAGAUGAGUUCUUAGUUAAUACACCGAUGAUUGCAACCAAACAGGCCCAAAAAAAAAACUCACGUUGCUGGACUGACUCGGAGAUAGUCUUGCACUGGUUAUCAUCGCCACCCCGUCGUUGGAAUACCUAUGUUUGUCAUAGAGUUGCUGAAAUUGUGGAGGACUACCCAAGUCGCUGCUGGAACCAUGUUCGCUCUGAAGAGAAUCCCGCCGACUGCGCAUCACGAGGUCUAAGUCCAUCUCAGUUGUUGAAUCAUGAGUUAUGGUGGAACGGACCCUCUUGGAUUACCAAACCACAAUCGGAAUGGCCACCAUCUGAACCACACGGCCAAAGCUUUACUGACAUGGCUUGA